CUGCUGGAAUUAAUUGCGGCGGACAGCUUUUCGAACAUUUAGUUCAUCACUGUAGGUCGGUGUGUUCAGAUGUUUGUUAUUCAGUUUGAUUCGAGCUCAGAUUGAGAACGGUCUGUGGAAGUGAUUUUCCUAUUCGUAAGGAACACCUAGAACAUUUCUAGAGGUGCAGUGGAGGUAUUGUACCUUGAGAACGCGAUCGUAAGCUAUUGAAGAGUGUGGAUCGUAGUAAGGAUUCGAGAAUUCAUUGUGGCGCCAAAUGGAAUCACUUUACGAUCCGUACAUUAUUUGAAUUUAUAUUCCUGAGUUGAUCAAGACCGCACGGGCGGUUUUCGGUUCUCGAAGGGGUGGUGAAAAUAAGAUUAUUAUGUGGUGUUGAAAAUUGAAGUGCAAAGCUGAUUUUAUGAUAAGGGUCCCCAUUACCCGUAAUUACUCUAAAGUGGCCUGCGUAUUCCUGUUUCCACUCCAGCAAAUUACAGCAAUAGCUACUUGGAUUAUCAGGAGGUUUUUCAGGUACGCCAGAAACUACCUCAUUUUAAAGUGGGCAGUUUCGAAAUUAGGCACAGAACGCCUACAGGAGAACGGUAGACCAAGCACACUUACUUCAUCUCAACAUCUCCGUAUAUACAUGUAGGGAUAGUGAACUUACGACGCCGAAAUAUCAUAGAGGCUUAAAAUGAGGUGGCUGGGAGUGCUUGUAAUAUUCAGUGCCAUAAUUGGCUACGCCAUGCCAUUGUCAAUCGAUCCAGUGGCAUCGGCGGAACUGGAGCAGUUUAUUAAAGAUGAUUUCGUAAUUUCGAUGCGACAUAUUAGACCUCGUCGAAAGUCGCAUAUUGCAAUUGAGGCCCUAUUUAUGAUCGACUUCCCCACGAUUAAGCACAAGCUUUCCUUUUUCUUGGAUCGAAAGAAGCAGCGAGUAGCCCUCGAUAUCAAUGUAAAUUCAGUAACGACUUCGAAGAAUUUUGAAAUUCCCGAAAUGAACGAAACAAGUACGAUCCGCUCACUGGCCAUCCUAUUCCAAAGGAACGUUAUAACCUUGCUUGUCGAUUGCAAGGAAGCAUCGCGACUUGAAGUGGAUUUCAACCUGUCGAAAUUGUACAUUCAAAUGGACGAUCCGGUCGUAAAAUUGUUCCGGGAACGCAAAUAUCCACUCCAUUUUGAUUCGACUGUGGAGCGGGCUCUUUCGCGUGCCAAUUGCCAAAAGGGUUUGAAUCGACGCGGUAACAAGCGACUCCUCAAAAAUAAGAUCAGUGAUAAAGAGAAGAACAAGAAACGCGAUAUCCGAGAUUGGUAUCAUCAAACGAAUAGCGAACGCUAUCAGCAUGAAGUACCUGUCGAUAACACACAGGAGGCUCAACGCCGCGGUGACAUUCCAAUUAUGCACGGUGACUGUGAAGACGCCCUCACGCGAUCCAUGUCUGAUCUGAUGCAGAUGGUGAAGCUGCUUCGUGAUGAUGUCGCCCACCAGCGACAGGAGAUCGCCAAUUUACGGAAUAUCAUGGAAAAUUGUGCCGGAUGCAAAGAACCAGCGCCACUUCGGGAACCUCAGCCUUCCUGCAAAACGGCAAAUCCGUGCUUCCCAGGUGUGGAGUGCUACGAUACAGGUGCAGGCAUGAGAUGUGGACAUUGCCCUUCUGGAUACGUCGGUGAUGGACGAACAUGUAAACCAGGAUAUACGUGCGCCGAAAGACCGUGUUUUGCAGAUGUUCAAUGUUAUGAUACGGUAGAAGGCGCCCAGUGUGGACCAUGCCCGCCAGGAUACGAAGGUGAUGGCAGAUCGUGCACUCUGAAGAAUCCCUGCCACGACCAACCAUGCGCCCCAGGUGUUGAGUGCGUACAAACGACAUCUCCACCGUUCUAUCGGUGCCAUUCAUGCCCGCCAGGGUUUUCUGGAAACGGAACAAACUGCAGAGAUAUUGACGAAUGUGAUUUGUAUGAACCUUGUGACCCAAGGACUAGAUGCUUGAAUAUGAUGCCGGGAUUCAAGUGCGAGCCAUGUCCACCAGGUUUUCAUGGAACCCAUGCAGAAGGAUUCCAGGCAACCCAUAUUGCAUCAGACUACGUCAGGCAGACUUGUCGCGACAUUGAUGAAUGCGCCUCAGGCUUAAGUGUGUGCGGUAUAAAUUCGGAUUGUGUUAACACUGAGGGAUCCUAUCACUGUGUGUGCCACAGAGGAUUUGUUGCGAAUAGCACCUUUGGAUGUUUUCAAGCACCUGGUGCAUGCCCCGAUGGUACAUUAUGUGACCAGAACGCGGUGUGCAAACACAUUGGGGGUUACAGAUUCACAUGCCAAUGCAAUGUAGGCUGGGCUGGAAAUGGCUUGUUGUGUGCUCCCGAUCGAGAUUUGGACAGAUGGCCCGACUAUAAUCUCAACUGCACCGACAUCAGAUGCAAGAUGGACAACUGUGUCAAUGUGCCGAAUUCGGGACAGGAAGAUGCUGAUGGAGAUGGCAUCGGAGAUGCUUGUGAUCCGGACGCCGAUAAUGACGGAGUGAUCAAUGAUCCUGAUAAUUGUCCCCUUGUAUAUAAUCCCGAUCAACUUGAUUCCGAUGUUGGUGGUGGUGAUAAGCAAGGAGAUGCUUGUGACAAUUGCCCAACACGACCUAAUGCUGAUCAACAGGACACUGAUAAGGAUGGACUGGGCGAUGCCUGUGACGACGAUAUCGACAACGAUGGAAUCAAAAAUAUGUUCGACAACUGCCCGAAAAUUGCUAAUUCUAAUCAACUGGAUUCGGACGGUGAUGAGAUUGGAGAUGUGUGCGAUAACUGUCCUUUCAUUCCGAAUCCAUCGCAGAGUGAUGUUGAUAACGAUUUGAUAGGUGAUGCUUGUGACAGUGGUAUAGAUCGGGAUCGUGAUAGUAUACAGGACAGUCAGGAUAAUUGUCCUAAAGUAGCGAACCCGGACCAAUUGGAUACUGACGGCGAUGGAAUGGGAGAUGCUUGCGAUGACGAUGCCGAUGGAGAUGGUAUUAUUAACCGUGAAGAUAAUUGUCCAUUAGCGUAUAAUCCAGAUCAAAUGGACGUAAAUCAUGAUGGUGUGGGCGACAUUUGCGAAGAUGACUAUGAUCUGGAUCAAGUUCCAAAUUAUCUCGACAACUGCCCUAAUAACUCAAAGAUUUUCUCCACCGACUUCCGGACCUACCAAACCGUCGUUCUAGACCCUGAAGGAGAUUCACAAAUCGAUCCCAACUGGGUGAUCUAUAAUAAAGGUGCCGAAAUUGUGCAGACCAUGAAUAGUGAUCCUGGGUUAGCCGUUGGUUACGAUUCCUUUGGUGGUGUCGAUUUCGAAGGAACCUUUUUCGUAGAUACUGAAAUUGAUGAUGACUACGUGGGAUUCAUAUUCAGCUAUCAAAAUAACCAUAAGUUUUACGCAGUAAUGUGGAAGAAAAAUAUUCAAACAUAUUGGCAGGCAACUCCCUUCCGAGCAUCAGCGGAACCAGGAAUUCAGUUGAAGCUUAUUGAUAGUGUGACAGGACCAGGACAAAUGCUAAGGAACAGUUUAUGGCAUACAGGCGACACCAGGGAUCAGGUCAAACUACUGUGGAAGGAUCCGAGAAAUGUAGGCUGGAAAGAACGGACAGCUUACAGGUGGCUAUUGCUACAUAGACCCAAGAUUGGUCUCAUCCGUUUGAGGAUUUUUGAAGGGGAAAAUAUGGUUGCAGACUCUGGAAAUAUUUUCGACAAUACUCUAAAGGGAGGGCGCCUUGGAGUAUUCUGUUUUUCACAGGAAAUGAUAAUUUGGUCUGAUUUGGUAUACAGAUGUAACGACAACGUUCCCGAAACAAUAUACAACGAGCUGCCACCCAAGCUACGAAAAGAAGUUCAAAUCGAUGUACGAACUUAACGAAUUAGACCAGCGAGGGCUAUCAAUCUGGUGCUACAAGAUAACGCAAGGCGUGCUGAUAAAUGUUUAAAACGCGAUUUUGUAGAUACUUUUUUUCCAAUUUUUUGCCGAAAGGAGAGACAUUUUAACAAUUCAAAAUAGUAACGAAAAUUUUGUAUUUACGACGUAUUUUUUAGAUAAAAGUGUUUCCUUUGCUUAUAAAUAAUAUUGUAAUAUAUUAAAUUUAGAUGUUUUUCAAACGAUUUAUGCAAGUACGGAAACUUAUGUUUAAGUUGUGUAUUUUGAUUAUAAACGUGCUUUUUGAUAAAGAAAAAUAAAAUUAACUUUAUAAAUGUU